CACAUAUUCAGUUGUACACCAAUUGCAGCCCAUAAAUUCCCCAAAGCAACCAGCAUGGCAAUGCGUUGUGCGUGCUUUCUGUUGCUGCUAGCCGCCUCCAUGUUCCUCUCGACGCUCCCGGCCGCCGACGCCGACGAUGAGGCGGCGCUGCUGGCCUUCAAGGCGGCAGCGGUCGGCGGCAGCAGCGACGCGCUCGCUUCCUGGAAUAGGAGCACCGAUGAUGGAUACUGCAGCUGGGAGGGGGUGAGGUGCCGGGGCAGGCACCGACGAGUGGUGGCGCUGAACCUGCCGUCCCAUGGGCUCACCGGCGUCCUCUCGCCUGCCGUCGGAAAUCUGUCCUCACUGCGGAUUCUUAACUUGUUUGGCAACAAAUUCAGCGGUAACAUCCCUACAAGCCUCAAUCGUCUUGGCCACCUCCGAAUCCUCAACUUGAGCCGAAAUGCCUUCUCUGGCCCGCUCCCAGCCAACCUGAGCUCUUGCACUAGCUUAAUGGUCAUGGACCUCCGCCUAAACCAGCUCAGCGGGAGCGUGCAUUCUGAGUUCGGCAACAAACUGACGAGGCUUAGGUUUCUCGGCCUUAAGAACAACAGCCUCACUGGUUCAAUCCCAGCGUCACUGGGCAACUUAUCUUCAUUGGGUGUUCUGGAACUCUCAUUUAACCAGCUUGUGGGCACAAUCCCGCCUAACCUUGGCAACCUCAAGGACCUCACGUUUCUUGGGCUCGCCUACAACCACCUCUCCGGCGAUGUCCCUAUCUCCCUAUACAACUUAUCUUCGUUGGAAAAGAUGCAGAUUCAGGUCAAUAUGUUCUCCGGCAGCAUUGCUACUGAUAUAGGCAGUAGGUUCCCAAGCCUGCAAAUCCUUGUAUUUGCAGGAAACCAGUUCACCGGGCACAUCCCUGCUUCACUCUCCAACCUCACAUCACUCGAGAAAUUUGGCCUCUCAAUAAAUAGCCUCAGUGGAUAUGUACCUCGCACGGUGGGAAAACUACGAGUUUUGCAAUACCUAGACUUGAGCAAUAAUAUGCUAGAAGCUAACGACAGGGAGGGAUGGGAAUUUAUCACUUCUUUAUCAAAUUGCAGCCAGCUCCAGCAAUUCAAUAUUGAUGGCAACACCGCUUUCACUGGACACCUACCAAGCUCAAUUGUGAACCUCUCAACAACCCUGCAAAUUCUCGCCUUUGAUACCACUGGGAUUUGGGGACGCCUCCCCCGAGCCAUCGGCAAUCUGGUGGGCCUUCAAGUCCUUUUUGCUGGGGAUGCUUCUAUAUCCGGAAGAAUUCCAGAUAGCAUUGGCAAGCUAGGAAACUUGACUUGGCUUUAUUUGGCCAACACUAACCUGUCAGGCCAAAUCCCUUUGUCUAUUGGAAAUCUCUCAAAGUUAGCUAUCCUUAAUGCAACUAAUAGCAAUCUAGAGGGACCAAUUCCAGCAAGCAUAGGAAAUUUAAAGAGUAUAUCUUCCCUCGACUUGUCAAUGAACCACCUCAACGGUUCAAUUUCUAGAGAAAUUUUCAAACUACCCCUUUCUUUUAGUUACAUAAAUUUGGCUUAUAAUACACUAUCUGGACCCCUCCCCUCUGAAGUUGGUAAAUUGGGGAACCUUAAUUUCAUGGUUCUAUCAGGAAACCAACUGUCUGGAGAGAUACCUGAAAGUAUUGGGGAGUGCACAGUCCUGCAAGAACUUUGGUUGGACAAUAACUUAUUCAAUGGAAGCAUACCCCGAACUCUAAACAAGGGUCUGGCUGCACUCAACUUGUCCAUGAAUGAGUUGUCUGGUACUAUUCCUGAAGCCAUUGGAAAUAUUCAUGGCCUGCAACAGUUGAGUUUAGCACACAACAAUUUAUCAGGGCCAAUCCCCACAGUUUUACAGAAUCUAGCAUCGUUGUCGAUGUUGGAUUUGUCCUUCAACAACCUACAAGGGGAAGUGCCAAAAAAGGGGAUUUUUAGAAAUUUGGCUAACCUUUCUAUCACCGGAAAUAACAACCUUUGUGGAGGAAUACCACCGCUUCAUUUAGCCCCAUGCAAGAUAGAUUCUGAAAGAAAAAACAGAGGAAGACAUUUGAAGCAUCUUACAAUAGCUCUACCAACAACUGGCACACUCUUACUAUUAGCCAUCCUUACUGCACUCAUUUACUUGAUCUAUAAGAAGGAUAAGCAGAGCAGCCCAUUCCAACCAUCAAUAGUUGAGGAACAGUACGAAAGAAUUUCCUACCAUGAAUUAGAAAAUGGAACCAAUGGAUUCUCAGAAGCAAAUUUGCUUGGUAAAGGAAGCUUCGGGGCAGUCUAUAAAUGUGCUUUGCCGGGUGAGGGAACUAUUGUGGCUGUGAAAGUUCUAAACCUUGAACAAUCUGGCUCUACUAAAAGUUUCAUAGCUGAAUGUGAGGCAUUGAGAAGGGUGCGCCAUCGAUGUCUCAUAAAGAUCAUCACCUGCUGCUCAAGCAUCAACAAACAAGGGCAAGACUUCAAGGCAUUGCUUUUUGAGUUCAUGCCGAAUGGUAGCUUGCAUUCUUGGCUCCAUAAAAGGUCUGAUAUGCUCACAAUGAACAAUACUCUCAACCUAGCACAAAGGUUGGAUAUUGCUGUCGAUAUCAUAGAUGCUUUAGACUAUCUUCAUAAUCACUGUCAACCGCCAAUCGUCCAUUGCGAUCUCAAGCCAAGCAAUAUUCUUCUUGCAGAAGACAUGAGUAUCCGAGUUGGAGAUUUUGGCAUAUCUAGAAUCCUUACAGAAAGUGCAAGUAGAACUCUGCAAAAUUCCAAUAGCACAAUUGGAAUAAGAGGCUCCAUUGGAUAUAUUGCUCCUGAGUAUAGUGAAGGAUCUUCUGUCACAACUCUUGGUGAUGUUUAUAGCCUCGGAAUACUGCUGCUUGAGAUGUUUACAGGAAAGAGUCCAACAAAUGAUAUGUUCACAGGUUCACUAGAUCUACACAAGUACUCGGAGGAUGCUCUUCCUGACAAAAUCUGGGAGAUAACCGAUACAACAAUGUGGCUGCACACAAACACCUAUGAUGACAGUACAAGAAACAGAACUGAGAAUUGUUUGAGCGAUGUCAUUUCCCUUGGGAUAUCCUGCUCAAGAAAACAACCUAGAGAGAGGACAUUGAUACAGGAUGCAAUAACUAAGAUGCAUGCUAUCAAAGAUUCAUACCAGUCUGGUGGUAGAACAUGAGUAGCAGCAAAAACUCUACAAGCAGCAGAGAACAAGUAGAGCUGAAAAUGAGCAAGAUGGUUGCAGGUAGUCACUUGCUUUAAAUAGCUGAAGAUGUAUAUGAUGCUUCAGUUCUAUCAUCCAGAGGACGUCUAAUAAAGAGUAAUCCAUCAAUAAGAUUAAAUUCAGAGUUUUAGCUCACUUUUAUUAGAGAAUUCGAUAAGAUGUAUGAGUCAAAAUUUAGCCAAUUGACUACAAAAUUCAAAUAGCACGACUGGAAUAUGACUCCCUUCCAUCCGUUA